AUGAAGCAAGGACUCCAGGCGCACCGUGUCUGCGCUGUGAAAAACUUGGCACCCAAUGCUCCCUCGCCUCUGAACGACAAUCGAGACAUACUUGCUCGACUCGAGAAAGCUGUGGGAACUAUAGUGAGUCGAUUUGGGAUCGCAUUGGGCGAUGACACUCCCUCGGGCCCCGCCCCUUCAGGUCCGUUGGAAGCCCACCAGCCCGACGAGCCCGACGAACCUCGAGAUACAGCAUCUGCCCCUGUCUUUGUCAUCAGAGACCUCGCUACGGAAAUAGGUGUUGAGUCUCCCGGUGUGGUUCGCAGUGCGCGCACAGCAGCGGAAGGUCAAGAUUCAGAUCUUAUCGGGGAAGGUAUCUUGUCGAACCAGCAAGCCUCAGCACUACUGGCGAUAUUCGUCGAGCAUUAUGGCCGCUGGGUAUUUGUUGACUCUUUAAGCUCACCGGAAGAUCUUUUGAAGGAAACCAGGAAGUCACAGCUCCUCCUGAGCGCUUGUUGCCUCAUCGCUGUCCGACAUACAAACUCAGAUCUCGCGCUCCGGCUCGCACCAGAACUAUUUGAGAAGUCAAAGACUCUCCUAUCUAGCGCAUUGCUCUUCACACCGCAGACUUUUGACUUCUUCCAGGCAGCCGUCAUUCUCAGCAUGUGGUCGACUACAGUUGGACAAGUGCCUUUGAGUAUCGAUAGCUGGCUCCUAAGCGGGUUUGCUAUUCAACACUGCCUUUCUAGCGAUAUCUUCUCGGAAGUCCUCAAUGGUGCGUCUCGGGGUACUAACCGGAACAUGGCUGCAUUGAAGCUUUGGAAUCAUCUAUGCUUGGUCCACUUACACUACUCGGUGGGCACCAGGCGAAAGUCAGUAAUCGGUCGCGGUCAAAUUGACAGGUGCCGAGAUAUCCUGGCCUCAGACAGCGCAACAAAUUUUGAGUUGCGGAUGGUUGCAGAAGUCCAACUCUAUUGGAUUCUCUAUGAGCACUGCUGUUUGGGCAAUGUUGAUCUUCCCAAAGCCCAGUCAGCCCUGCAACAGUGGAGGCAGACUUGGAAGCUCGUAUUAGAUCAGCCGCGGUCACAAUUCCUCGAGAUGGGAUUUAGCUUUGCACAGCUUCUGGCAUAUGAACAGUCCCUCAAGACUCGGUCUGCCAGAGUCCGUGAAAGCAUAUUGAGCGAGAUGGUUCGGCUGUCAGCUGCAAUCAUCUCCCUGGCAAUGACAACCACCGACGACCGCACAAAGCAUCUAUCAGACCACAUCUACCACAUGAUCACAUUUGCUGCUGUCACACUCUGCAGACUAUUGCACAUGUACGACGAGCAGUUGGCUCAUUCCCAUGACAUCGCAGAGUUGGAUGCACUGAUAUUGAAACUCGUGUCUUGGCUCAAGUCGAUAGGUCUGCCGUGCCAUGCUGCAUUCACGCUCGGCGACAUCGUCGACGCUUUCCACAAAAAGCUCCGCCCAACCGCCAGGCCGUCCCCAGUCACCUCGGAAGAGAACAACACAUGGGCGGAUUCCUCAUUCUGGGCUAACUUCCCUGAUAUACUCGGACCAGAUCCGAUGAGCACUGGAAACUGGGAUUUUAUACCAGAUUGGGAGCGGUUCAAUGACAACAGCUUUUAA